CCACACCAAAACCUCCCUGCGCUUGGCCCACAAAGUGCCCUCCGACAGCCCAAGGUUUGGGGGUACAGCAGCACCCCAUUUCCUCAUGGGCAGGUAAAAGGAAACCUGUGCCAGCCGCUUGGAGGUGGAAAAUGGUCCGUUUUUCCCCCAAAAUCUGCGCUGGAGGCUGUGGGGGAAUCGCUGGGGGAAAUCUCCCUUAAUAUAUCCCCGUGGUGGGGGUCCAAUGCGCAGGAUCCCCCCCUCCCCUGCGCCUCCACGUCGUCCAUCCUCCUCCUCCUCCUCCUCCUCGGCGCGGGUGGGAGCCGCUGACUCAUCUGCCCGUCGUUUUUUUCUCCCCCCUCCACCCCCCCAGCGAGGAAGGGGAAUUCAUCGAGCGGAUUCGAGGGGCUGCAUUGCAGACCCAGACACGCCAGCAGACAAAAGGGACGCUGCGACGACACCCGCGGCUUCCCCCGGCACAAAGAGCCCGGCAUCGAGCCCACCCUUCCCCGACAGCCCGACGAUGCUGGACACCAUCAGCAGCCAGUACGACUCCUUCAUCUACUGGAGGAUGCCCAUCCCGCGGCUGGACGUGGCGGAGCUGGAGGGGCUGGGGCUAGCUGACGUGGCCCUCUACAAGCCCAAAGGAGGGUUGGGCAAGCUCACCGGCCAGCGGGACCGGGCCAGCCAGGACAUCUCCGAGGACGAGGACAGUCUGCUGCAGUUCAACAGCUUCAAUUUCUGGAGGGCUCCCAUCGCCAGCAUCAGCGCCUUAGAUUUCGAUCUAAUUUGAAGCCCUCCUUCCUCCCCCUCCGCGCCCCCCACCCCCCUGCCCUCCCCCUCUCUGCUAGGCAAGGAUUUGGCUUUGUUGUCGUCGGUUUGGAGGUUGGUUUUUUUGUUGUUUCCGGGUGGUUUUUGACAUCACUAGUUAACUCAGCAGUUCGCUUCGGCCCUGUUGGUGAUAGGCUCCCCACAAAGCUUCGACCUCUCUCCGCCUUCUCCCUCUUUUCCUCCCCUUCUUGCAAACACCACGAUGGUGCAAGCAGGGGGUAACAGCAUGGAGGGGGGGGAAAAUACAAGGGGAGGGGGCAGAAACAGGCACCCCAUUGCUCCAUGUCUUCACGCCAGCAAGUGCAGGAGCUGCUGGGGGGGUUUCUGUGUGACCCUGGGCGUCCCUGAGCUCUGGGACGAGCGUUUGAGCUCAUUUCUCCUGCAACGAGCUUUUUUAAGAAACUCAUUUGUGCAAAGGGAGCGGUGGGGGACGGGUGGGAAUCGUCUUCAUUUUGUGGAAAGCAUCGUCCCCUCCCAGGGACGCAGAGGCCCUCUGUCCUCCCCUGGCCCAGUUUCUCCAAAAGCCACUUCUCUCCUUAACCUUCUCCUCGGGAUAAUUGAGGUAGAAGAAGCGGGGGUGUGCCCAGGACACGAGCACAAACCUCUUUCUUUAAAGAAAUAAUUUCUUUGAGCCUUGUGGCUUGAGCCCAAGCAGGAGAAACAACAGCCAGGAGGGUAAAAUACACAUGGAAAUGCUCUGACUUUGCUUGGUGGGGUCAAAGCUAGAUGUUCACUGCCUGAAAUUUGAUUUUUCUCCCUUUUUUUUUUUAUCCCCCGCGUACCUUAUCCCAGGUGUGACUCCCAACUGGGAGGCUGGGUACCUCCUGGGGUCAGAUGUGUAACGGGGACUGAGCUGAAAGAUAAGAUGGAGAAUUUAGUUUGAUCUCACACCAAAACGAAAAUGUUUCUGGUUCCCCACCCAAUUAAUCAACCCCUUCAAAAAUAACAACAACAAAAAAAAUGCUGCAUUCACUCAAGUGGAAGCUUUGCAUUUCCCUCGGGGGAGGUUUUCACCUGCGCUCUCUGUGGGCUGAGGUUUAUUUCUGAGCAACAUCUCAAAAUGGGGAAAAAGAACCCCAACGCUGGAUCGUUUUUGGCUUUUAAACAGUUUAGUUGCAGGGUUGUUUUUUUCCCAAGAUUGCUUUCUGGGAGAGCAAACACUGUUUUGUCUUCUUGAAUGUGCUUUUUGGGGGUUUGUUUGGGGUGAAGUUGUGACAUGGAACAACCUGACACUGUCCUAAGAGUUGUGGGGGGUACAUGGCCGGGGGGAGGCUGAGGCAGCACUUAAAAGGUGCCCCCAAAAUAGGCAAAUAUUGGAAAAAUCUGCACUCUGUUGUGAAAAGGGAGCCCAGCUCUCCUGUAACCUGCAGGAACGGCCCAGCCUGAUGACUUCGAACCACCCGUGUGAAAACAGGGGGGAAAAUGUAAACUCUCCUACGCAGAGCUGCUUGGUUUCUGUGAUCCCAGCUGGGAAAACCCGCAGGCGAAGUAUUUAUUAUGAAACUCUAAAUAAAAUGAUUUAGGAAACAUA